CCCGGGAAGAGAAGAAGAAGUACAGGGCGGCCUUCAGCGGAUACAGCACAUCUUGUUAAGUUGUUUUAGCUAAAACGAAAAAUCAGUUUCCCUCCUUUCAAGUAACCGACGCGAGGUUUGUUUGGAAUACAGAUCUAUUCAUGUGAGUACGAACAGCAGCCAUUAGUGAACGAUUGUGUGAUAUAAAGAAUGUCUAAGGACGGUGCUUAACAUCUCCUACUCGCUAUUGUUUGCGUUGGGGAACUAGUUCAACUUAGACAUGCCUGUGCUUUGUUAGGUUCACUCUACUUCCUACAAACUUAGUUUGGAAACGUCACACGGCUGCCUAGGCCGUUGAGACUCCAGCACCGGAAGGAACUGUUGAUCAUCACACAUUAAAACCGAUAUAUUCGUUGCUCGUAUUAAAUGUAUCUGAGCGACAAUCGCUAACCUUUGCUAGCGAGUGAUGAUUGCUAACGAGAAAUCUACAGUCGGCGGUCGCGAGCCGCGGGUAGCACACACGUGCGCUAAAUGUAAUGUGCCCAUUAUCGGACACAUCAGUGCAUAGAGCUUCCUUGUUCCAAACAUUGACUCAUACGAAUUUUACUCCGAUAAACAACUUUUCGCUAUAAAACACAUUUGUUGUCUUGAGGAAAAAACCCAAGUUUGGCUUUUCUAGCUGAAGAAACACAAACGGAGUCGACUAAUGCUGGCAGUCACUUUCCUUCUGGUUAUUACUUUGUUAUUAAUGAUAAUUUUAAACCUAACAUAUAUCAUUUUAGAAUGAUGUAAAUACAACAGAAGCAGUUGUUUUCGUUGUAAUUGUUGAAUAUUAGUUAUUACAACUGCAGAUGGUUGAUUUGGGCGGUAUCAUCUGCGACCAUUAUCAUAAAACAAGUAAAGUGCAAAAAAUAGUCGCAUAAAUAAUAACAGUUUAGCUCCGAAUCUUUAUUCUUGUUAGUCAUAUACAUGCAAAUUACGUAGUUGUGCAACACGGACGUAAAAAUCUUCAAUAUUGUUGCUAUUGAAAUGAUGUCCGAUAAUGGAUCCCACGCUUUGAAAUUGCAUGUAACAACAGUUAACUUAAAGCACAAAGCCCACUACUCCUGAUGUGAGAUCUGCAAAGUGUUUUUUAUAACUUCGAGGGCAAAAAAGGCCUGUUUAAGUGUCGUUAUCAGCCCGCGAGCUUAUAAAAACGGUAGCCCUUGUUUCCGGAACUACGCAUGUGUCGUCAUUCCUUAACGCGGAAGCUGUGGGCACAAUAGAUAGGCAGGGUGGGUGAAGCUGUAAAGACUUUCAGUAAUAUGACGCCUGCUUGUACCAAGUGCGUCAUCUGCCAGUCAACCAGUUAGACAACUUGUAGAUGUGGAUUAAGUAAUUCUUCAUUGUUUUCUUUUUUUCCCCCCUGCUCCUUUCACAAGUCUUCAUAAUACUGUAUGUGAUGAUUUCAGGGUCUGACUAAGGAGGGGACAUUUCAACACGCAAACAUGUCUGGAGCGUGUCAAGACCGAAGGAGUCGCUGGCAAGAGAUCCAGAAAGGCCUACAGUUCAUCCAGUGAGUGUCACAGCUUUGGUCUAUGGUUGAUAAAGAGGGGCAUCCAUGAGUAACUGACAGCCGUUUAAAUAAAUCUUCAGACUCUAAUAAGUACUUUCAUGAGGUGGGACGGCUGGUCUGAACAAAUUUAUGAUGCACGCUCAUCAUCUUGAAAAGGCAAAAGAAAGAAAAAAACAUCUUGGAUUUCUCAAAAUUUCUACUUCUGCAGCUGUUGACGUGUUCCGGCCCUUAUUGUUGAUAAAGUUUAAACCCUAUUGGUUACAAAUCAUCCUAGUCAUGCCUUGACAGGGAUGAUUGGUCACUUUUCCACUGUGCAUAGAAACUGGCCUAUUCAUAUGGUAGGCAAACUCACUUCAUGUUCACAUGCGUUGCUGCAUUCCAUCAAAUCUGAUGGUUACUUGAAACAAAAGUGAACCUUAAAUUACUGCUGCGCAUUUCAUCAGCCUCCAGUGAAAUCACACUGUCGUAGUGAGUUACGGUGAUACUGAAAGUUAUAUCUGUUUAAAGCCACUAUUAUGGUAUACAUGAGGGCCCGACCGAUGUCGAUUUUUUUAGGGUCGAUACCGAUUAUUAUGAUUCGCAUUUCGUAUUUAAUAUUUAUUACUAUUUUCAUAUUAGUGCUACCAGUGGAUAGCCCACUUUUUUCAUAUCUCACUUUUUUCUCUUAGGAUGUUUCGUAUAUUUAGUCUGUAUUUAUUGUGUAUAGUUUUAGUAUAUUUAGUCUGUACUGUACAUACUUUUUAUAUAAAUUUUAUUUUGUGCUUUAAUUGCUGCUAUAACAUGGUAAUUUCCCAGUUUGGGAUCAAUAAUAUUUUUUUUUUAUUAGGGGGGAAAAAAAUCCAAUUACCGUUUAAUCAGACGAUUUAAAAAAAAAAAAACUUUUAUGAAGUUAUACAAAAUAUAUACAUACUGUAGAUAUACUUUAGGCUACUGGUCUUCACGCUGACAGGCAGACCGACUGAUCAAACUCGGACCAGAAAAGUGUUUUCAACUACCACUCCCUCCCGCCGAUCAGUGCCUCCGCAUCUUCGCUCACGUUUCCCAUUUCCGGUCCUGUCUUAUCUGGAGACAUGCAGUUGCCUCAGUAAUAGAAGUAGCUCAAUCACAUAAUUUGUACUGCUGUUUAUUCUACCGUUACUAGCAUGGCUAUAAGUGUAGCAAGGCUAAUAGCAGGUGGCUAACUCUAACUUAAGCUUGCAUAUUACAUAGUGCUUCACCGUAAACUCGGCGUGACCGAGACCAGCACAGUGGGGAAUGUUGUGACGUGGGUUGAACUGAAACUUGUUGACUUAUUGUGUAUUUCACAAACUGGUUUAUUUACUGUUGAGGCGGACCACUCUCCUCCGUGCGUCCCUGAGCUGCCUGCUGCAGAUCCGUCACCCUGCUGUGCUGUGAGGUAGCUAGUGGAUGAAGAUUGUCAUGAGGUCGCUGUGCCAUCUACAGGAUAAGUUGGGGAACUUUUCAAAUGGCGGAACAUUCUCAAAGUGAAACUGAAUUUUAUUCUCCGCAUUUUAUUUCUGAAAAUAUCGGCAAAAUCUGCGUGUUUUGGCUGAUUACCGAUUAGUCUCAAAUGGGCUAAAAUUGGCAGAUUUAAUCGUCUCGCCAAUAAAUCGGUCGGGCCCUAGUACAUACUUGAGGCUUUUACACAUUAGCCCAACCCAUGCUAGUGCUGUAGUGUGAAUAGAUGCCACAUAUCUAAACAGGUGAACAUAAUUCUAGCUAUUACAGGUGAGUUACACUUAUGUCAUACAGCCCAGCAUACUUGCAAUAAAACGUGUAACCUGCAUCAAACCAAGACACCCUUAGUGUUAAAAAGAAGAAAAAAAAGAUCACUUUAAAUGCCAGACAGCAACAGCAAGCAGAAAGAAACAGCUUAACUGAGAUCAUUACACAAUUUUCCAUCAUGACAUUUAAUAACGUAACCUUUAAUCAGACUGACAGUUCCAGGCAAAACAAAUCAUCAGCCCAGUUUAACCGUACACCAAAUUAUUAAAACUGUUCCUGGCUUUAAUCUCCUGAGCUGGCACACAGAUUAAAUACUGUGUAUUUAUGUCUGUAUGCCUUUCAACAACCAAAUCUAAACCAUUUCACCACAAGUAAAAUUUACCUGGCCUUUAUUUGCCUACUAGAAUCAUUUUUAGAUUGGGAGUUGUUUACAGAAAGAAGCUUUUGCUUAUUUUUUUGCAUUCAGUUUCCAAGAUGAUCCACACCUGCACAAAGAAACUCCUAUCAGUCCACUGACACAUACGGCUUUUUUAAAUUUCAGUACAAAUCGGUGAAGGUUUUCACAGCUGAAGUAUUUUAGAUUCAUAACAUAUUUAAUCAGAUUUUUGUCUUCUGCAUUCCUCUUUGUGCUGAAUUAAUCUGUGCUCUGAAUGCUACUGAACUCCUAUGAAUAUUGAAACUAAUCAGCCCACUGAGGUUGUUUUUGCUCUGACUUUAAAAAGUUUUCUAACAGGAAUUUUUUUUUUUGCUUUCAGAUCAACCUUACCAUUUCCAGGAAGUCAAGAUCAGUAUGAGGUAAGCUGUAAUGAAAAUAGCUUCCCAUCUUGUAACAAAGCUUUGUGCUACACAGACUUAAACUGAUCUGGAGAUGGUGACUGAGUCGUUCGAACGGCAAUCGGUCAUGCACAUUGCGAUCAAAUCAGCUCCACAAUGCAGAUUUUUGAACUGACUUGUUUUAUCCAACUUUCAGGUGUUCAUAAAAGAUCUCGUGUGGAAUUUAUUUGGAGAAGGAAACGACGUGUUCAGAGAAGGCGACUGGACAAAAUCCAUCGAGAUGUACACUGAAGCUCUGAGUAUAGCCGACUACGCUGACUCCGAAGACAUCUGCGUUCCAACUGGUUUACUGGAAAAGCUGUAUGCAAAUCGAGCUGCCGCCUACCUAAACAUUGUUCCAGUGAGUAUAGGUGACGGUCACACUUAGCUUUGAAUGCAACCUCCUGUUCAACUUCACCAAAUAGUUUACAAAUGCAGUUAAAUGGUGCCAGCAAAGUCCUAUAUAAGAGUGGUCGCCUGCUUCCAAGUGCAGAAAGAUAAACAUCCAUUUUUAUCUUUUGUAAUUUUCUCUGUGUUGAUCUGAAAUUACAGGAAUAAUGCUUAACUGUCAACCUCUUUUCUACACUUGGUCUACUGCCAUGCUCUGCACACUCUCUCUUAUCAUCCUCUACCCAUGUCUGUGCUAUAGUGUGUCUGUAAGGAUAAAACAUGAUUAGCCUCUGAAAGUGGCAGUGCCAUGAUAUUUGCUUGAAAUGUUGACACAGCUUCUCCAGACUAACGUCAUGGUAGUAAUGGUGACCUGCUUAAGUCCUGUGUGACUGUCUCCAUUGAUAAUGACAGUAGUCUGUUUGUGUGUACCUCCACCAGGCCCCUGUUAUUUAGCAUGCUUGCUCACUAGCAUACUCAAUGGAACAGAGCAUGUUUUAAUCUUUUAAGUUUCACUUUUCUGGAGUCUCACACUAAACACAGUCAUUUAAAAUAUCACAAAACAGUUUUAAGACAAACUGCACUCCCUACAUGCCACAAAUAGAGUGCAAUUACAUCAGUUUUAUGGACCCAGACAGACUGGAUUGUGUACAUGCAAAUGUGAUGUCACUCUUACCACCAUAAAGAGGAACUUUAAACCAGCGCUACAGCUAAAGUUAGCAGACUCUUCCUAUUAAAAUGCACAACAAACAUUUUAGAGAGAUGGUCAGAGAGGGUGGCGUUUUGGCGGCUCAGAGUCUUUGUGUUGUUUCAGCGUGUGACAUCAGUUUUUGCGGUUUGUUUUUGCAUAAGGACAGAGAGGGUGACAACGUCAUGGGGCGGGGCUGACCUCCUUAGCGAUGCCCUUUUGUAACUACUUUGUUUAAUCUGCCUGUUCAGUGUCACUGGAUCAUUUUUGAUAGGCCCUCUCGUUCAGUUUAGUCACAUGUUAAAUUCUGUGCAUGUAAUCUUCAGUCUGAAAAAAAAAGCUUUGCUUCAGUUUAAUAAAACAAGUCAAAGUCACAAAGUCUUUUAUCCACAUCUCCAAAUUAAUUAGACCUUGAGUUUAAUUGGUACAAAACCUUUUUUGACAUUUAGGCAUAAUAUGCAUCAUAUCAACAUUGACCCUCACUAGUGCUAUAUCACUAUAAUUUUUUCUUUAGGAUAUUACAUCUUUCCCAUCAUCCAUUAACAGCAUACUAAACCAUUAUUGACUGGUGUUUUAAUAUUGUAUUGUCAUAUUUAGUAUUGAGUGUAAAAUCAGACAUGCUUAGCGAUCAAACCAAGUAUUUGUGACUUUCUAUUGAUUUUAUGAAAAUCCAUCAGAUAUAUUUCUGCCAAGACAACGCUGUAUAUUAGAUUUAAAUGUGGAUGGAAUAAUAAAUCAGCACUUUUUUCUUUUUUAAAGCUCAACACUUAGAUUUUUAUUUCUGAACAGUUUCAUAGCUUGACAGAAAUCCUUUUUCUAAAUUGUUGAAACAACCUUUUUAAAGAGUACAGUGUUCUGAUUGAUUCUGGCUUAUUUAACAGCAGUUUUUUAAGGGGGUGUGCAGUAAUGAUAUUCAAGCAACACUGGAUGAAUAGAAUUGUGAUUAAGCCAUAAUACUAAAAUAAUAAUGAAUGGAUUUAGACUGAAAAACUGCAAACACUGAGAGACUGAUUUGAUUAUAUUAUUAUCAGGAUCAGUGGUUGCACUUGUAUACACUUAAACAAGCAUUGUUAUGAUGAUCUGUAUUAUUGGUGACUUCAGUUAAAGUCAUUAUUAGCAUCAUUUAUACUGUUGACUUCUAAUAGAUUUAGAGAAACAGAGACCCCCAUGAGGAACCCUCCAUCCUGCUGAAUUGAUGCUUUCAAUAGAACAUUGUGUCCUUUUGUCCCUGCUGGCGUCUGUCAGUAUCAAAUCCUGCAAUGUUUUCUUUUGGGAGACCCGUACCUUCCUUACCCAACAUGUAAAGUCAAUUUCUGAUCAAUUAGAGGCGUUUUUAUUCUGUGUUCCCUCACAGCACUUUGGUCAAGCUUUUCCCACUCUGAUCCGUGUUUUCUAUUUCCUCACUCAGGGACUGUAUGACCAGGCGUUAGAGGACUGUGAAAAGGCACUCCAGCUGAACGAGGGGAACUACAAAGCACUGUAUAGGAAAGCCAAAUCCUUAAAGGAGAUGGGGAGACACCAAGAAGCCUACGAGGCUGUUGCCAAAUGCUCUCUAGCUGUGCCUCAGGUAAAGUGUGUGUUCUGUGAUGUCUGACAUUCAUUCGAAUUGAUUCAUCAAGAGUCCUAAGAAGGAUUUUCCACAUUAAAAAAAUGGGGCAGGAACAUUUUGAGAAGAUGUUACCUAGUCAUGUAAAGAAAUCUUCCAACUAACCUAGAAGUCUAAAGUUCAGAUAAGCUCAGAAAUCUAAACACAGGAUCACAGAGUUCGCAGGUAAACUACAUAAUCGGUUUGCUGGGUGUGGCUAACAUUAGCAGAGCUAGCACCACCAGCCUCGAGGCGGGGUGUCAUCCUCAUGCCUGUGCUGGUUGUGUUAAGCUCUUGAGUUUUUCUUUGUUGCCUAAAUAUACAACUUAAUCUUUCCUUUGUGAAACACUUCCAUUGUCAGACCAACAGUAACAAUACAUAUUCAUAAUUCUUCUGUCAGGCUUGUGAUCCUGGUGCUCACUAGUGUGGGCGAUCAUGUUUUUGUUGACUGAGCUUGCACAGCCUUCUCGUGAGUUUGGUCAUGACUGCAAAAAGAUCUGAUCUCGGUGUUUUGAAUGAACUGAGUUUGCUGUGUUUCCUCUAGGAUGCCAGUGUCACGCAGCUGACACAGGAUCUUGCCAAACUUUUAGGAUUGAAAAUCCGUAAAGCCUAUGUAAGGAGUAAGGUACGUGCGUCUCAGGUAACUCCUCCCCACACUCAGAGUACGUUACUAAAACGCUCCAGCUUCCUCUAUGAAACUUCUAGGUCAAACAGUUCAGUGUUAAAUUCCUAUUGAUAAUACUUCCGUGAUGUAUGUCCCUCAAAAUCAAACUGUACUUUUUUUUUCUGUUUUAAACAGCCUGCCUUGAAUGUUAUGAGAGGGUCAAAUUAUCAAGAUGCAUCGGGUGACAAGGUAAGCAACUAAAGAGUGAAUAUGUGUCUGAACUCUCCUAAGAAUGGAAUUCUUCAACUAGUAUCCUCUGUUUUUAUCCAGUUCUCCCACGGCUCGUCUUCAGUUGAAGACAUAGAAAUUGGUAAGUGAAAUAACAAAUACAGUUUUGGCUCCGCUUAGACUCAAAGGACUAAAGUCGCUCUCUUCGAUAUGUUUUAGAAGUGCCUCGGCUGACAGAGGACAGCAGUGCUGCAGCCCCAGUAGCUCCACCCCCGGCUCCGAUUCAAGCUCCAGUCGUCGUCCUCCCGCCUCUUAAUGAAACCGCGUUGGACGUUGAACUCCCCGCCAUCAACAAUAUCUCAUCUGUGCCCCCGUCUGAGCCUCCGGGCUUUGAGUCUGCUUCCCUACCUGUGUCAGUACCCUCGCCUGUUUCUCUUCCUGUGCCCUCAUUUGUUAACGGGUGCAGGACCAGUAAACCUUGUGGGAUGCUGGACACCAGUCAGGACUUUGACACAGACAUUAUAGGAGACGACUUGGACGAUCUUCUGGACCAAGCCGGCCCUGAAUCAGCCAUGGUUAGUGAAUGCAGGAGCCGGGUUGAUGAAUAAAAUGUGACAAGGCGUUGAUACCUGAACAGGUGUGACUUUGGUUCGUCUCUUCCCUCAGGUUAUUCCCACAGUGAAGGGGCCUCUUCCUUUGCCAACCAGUAUUGCCUCGGGCAGCUCCAUGUCCAGUCCGUUCUUGAUGCCAUCUCACAUCAACCCUUUCCCCUACAGCAGCGCUCAACAGUGCACCAUCACGCUGCCCCCACUGUAUCACAAGUCAGGGAACAGUACUUAUUUUGGCAUGGACACUUUUGAUGCCCUCACACCACCACUAGACUCCCUGGAUAGUCUCAGCAUAACAGACUUUAAAACGGGUAAGCUCCUCGGUACCACGGUGUGCUUUCUCUUUGGAGUCUGCUUCGUUUUAAAUGAAUAUCAAUCUAAAAAAUGGAUUUUGUGUUUUCUUCUCCACAUUUAAACCUUAGAUUAUGUUCCAAGUCCAUUCAUGCCUCAGGUAAUCUUUUACUUAUUGUGUUUUGAUUUUCCUAAGACUCUACACGAGUCAGGCUUUUAUUUCAUCCCAUUUAUUCACUUUUUUAACAGAUGAACAAUAGUGCCACCCCUAUGGGAAUGGCUGUGGGGAUGCCUGAAGUAAAGGGUCUACCUCCUGCCAUAGAUAUGGCGAAGAACCCCUUAGCUGAAACACAUGAAUUCAGACAGGCGUGCUCAAUGUGCUACGUCAGAACCGGUGAGGAAUUGUUUUUACAAUCUGUCUGUGUGUCUGCUGUCUUUGGAAGUUGGCUUACAGCUGUGUUUUCUUCUGUUUGAUUACUACAGGGCCUGGUGUGUUGGAUUAUGUACUGCACACAGAAGAGCACAAAUGCAAAAAAGAUGCUUUACUGGGCAGAAUAAAACAUUCAACAGACAAAACGUGGAAGCUCAUUCGGCCCAGACCAACAAAAACGCAAUAUGUUGGACCUUAUUACAUUUGUAAAGGUAACGUUUAGAUGUGUGUACACUUGUCGCUUUGUAAGAGUUGCAUGUAGAGCUGUUACACUGCAUAUUUUGAUGGUUGGUUAGUCACUGAUGAUAGAGUUAGUUAAGUUAUUUGAGGAUGAAAAGUGCAAUGAUUUGACAGCUUUAAACUUUUUUUUUUUAAAUCAAAACUUGCAUCAAAAAUCUUGAUUCAAGCCAUCCUUUCUUCUUGGCUUUAAACAUUUCCGUUGAUGAUGGGAGAUGGUAGAUUUGUUUUAAUGUGUUGAGCUUGGUCUCUUGGUUACUGUAGUAAUACGCUGUCAAGUGAUCUCAAGAGAAAAAAAAGAUGAAAUAAGAGAAAAGGACACACGGGAGAGGGAGUGCAAGUCUAAAUGAGAGAAAAAUCAGUGUAGCUGAAAUGUCACAUCUGCUGUUUCAAGGAGACGUUGAAUGUUCUCUUUCUCUAUGAUAACAGAGGUCAGCAUUCGUUUUCUUCACAGCAUUUAAAAUGAAAUGCUCCUGAACCUUCAAAGCUCAACAGUGUUGCAUCAGCCGCAGUCAUUUUGCUGCUCGUCGUGGCUUUAUCACUGUUUGCUGUUUUUGCAUGUGCAGCUUUCAGCAGAGAUUGUCAGGGAUGUUCGAGCUUUCAGCUCGAUAAAGCAGUGUCACACAGAAAACAUGCAUGGUAGCGUAACCGCCUAAUUAAUGAUAGUGACAUUUGUUGACUAAUAAGUUUUUUGAUAACGAUUAGUUGCAUUUCUUGUGGUGUUUCCUCGGUUUUUUAAAAGUUAUUUUAUUAAGAAGAGUAUUUUGGAAAAUAGCCGUUUGAUGAGCAUGAUGAAAUGUUCCACUGCAAGUUAUCUUUAAGUGAGAUAGUUUUUAUUAUUAUGAUUAUCAUUAUUUCAGCUAGGGGUGUCCUGAUCCGAUACUGAUAUCGGUCCAAUAUCAGCAAAAAACGAAUAUCGAAUUAUAUCGCCUGCAUCUAAAAUCUCUGAUAUCAGCACUCUGAUUUAAGCAGUCCAUUCCAGACUCUGCUCCAGCACCUCUAUCAGCACUUGGAUCUAGCAUGCAGAGCCCACAUAAUCACAACAACAGUGUGUACUAAGGUAGCAAGGAGUAGGAGUGAUGUCAGCCCUGUGGCAGUAUUUUUUGUUUAAGUCCAAAAUAGACGUUGCAGCUGAGUGCAAAACUUGUGAUGUAGCACCAAUAUCGGUAUCGGCCGAUACCAAAAGCUACAAUUUACAAUAUACUCUUGUGUAAAUAAUAGGUAACUUUUAGAGACAUAUUAUGUGAGACAACAGACAAUUGAAAUUCCCCUCGGGGAUUAAUAAAGUUCUUAUCUUCUCUUAUCUUACCGAUAUCCUAUCAGAAGUUAAAAAAAGUUGUAUUUGGAUGCCCCUAAUUUCAGUCUCUUGAAUGUUUCUUUGGAUGCAAGUUACUUUUACCAAACUUUGAGCGUUGAACUGUCCCCUGUGCUGUUUCAGAGGUGGCUGUUGGGAAAGAGUGCCUGUACCCUGGACACUGCACAUUUGCAUACUGUCAGGAGGAGAUUGAUGUGUGGACUCUGGAGCGGAAAGGCUUCAUCUCCAGAGAACUCCUCUUUGACCCGUACGGGCCAAACUCCAACGUCAGGUUGAAUGUCCCCAAGAUCUUACAGGAGCAUCAUGGGAUAUUCAUGUUUCUCUGUGGGGUGAGUGUCUCUUGAGUCCGGUUGGCAAGAAUGAUUUUAAAGUAGUGAGAAUGUUGGGGGGGAAAAAGCUCCUCUUACCGUAAAUCUGUGAUUCCACAGAGGUUAAAGACUCCUUAGCUGAGCGAGCAUUAAAAGAUUGCACUGAUUAACCGUCCAAACAAAAACUGGACAAAAGAAACAUCUCAGUUAACCAGAAAUCACUCAAAUGUUUGAUUUACAAUGGCUCUGCUUCUUUCACAGUUACUCUUUUUGUUUUGAGCUCUGUGUUAUCAUACUUUGGGAUUUCCUGCAGCGAUAGGGCUCCUGUUUUUUUUUUUAAUUGUUCGUUCUUUUCAUGACAUAAUUUUUUUUUUAAUUCUUAGGUGUGCUUUGACCACAAACCUAGAAUAAUCAGCAAAACCAACAAAGAUGACCCCACACUUUGCUCUCAUCCAGUGACAAAGCAUGACUUUGAGGAUCAUAAGUAAGUUUUCAAACACCUGGAGUUCUCAAACCUUCAUUUAGUUUCAUGAUUUAUGGUUCCAGUGUUCUACCAAGUUGAUACGAGGAAAAGACUUUUGUCUGUCUUUCAGGUGCCUGGUCCACAUUUUGAAAGAGAACACAGUUCGCUAUUCCAAAAUCAGACCAUUGAGUCCUCAGUGCCAGUUGGACCUUUGUCGCCAUGAAGUCCGCUAUGGCUGUGUGAGAGAAGACGACUGCUUCUACGCCCACAGUCUCAUUGAGCUAAAAGUGUGGAUGAUGCAGCAUGAGCUCGGUAAGGCACAGUAAAGCUGCACUGUAUUGGUGCUUUCUCAAACUUAUUUAAAGGUGGAAGCCAUCUUUAUUUCUUUCUUAUCUAACUUACUUACCUACCUACCUACCUUACUUACUCACUCACUAACUUACUUACUAACUUACUCACUAACUUACUUACUCACUAACUUACUUACUUACUAACUUACUUACCUACCUUACUUACUUACUCACUAACUUACUUACUUACCUACCUUACUUACUAACUAACUUACCUUACUGACUUGUUUGUUUUAUGAAGGGACAUGUUGCACUGUGGCAUAAAGGUCAUUUCACACCGGGACCGUUUUUGUCAAGCGAUUAUUUCGGACGUCAAUAUUUUUUUCCGAACCUGUAUCCUGUCAAUACAAGCGUUCACAUCAGCAGCGUUCUCCUGUCCUGCGAUAUUGCGGCAUUUUUUUUUUUUUCGGAUCAUGGUUGAUUUUUCCAAAGUUUCGCAGACUGUGUGUCCGAUCAGAUUUCGUGUUGUUGCGACGUCAGAUUCACCGGUAUAUCCAACAUGGCCGACCGGCUGAUUGUUUAUGAUCGUUUACACACACAUUAUAAAGAUAACGAACUAAAGGACAACUUGUGGAGAGUCAUAGCGCCAGAUUUCUGAUAUGCGAAGGAGGAGGGACUUUCCCCGGGAAGUCUUCGCCAGGAUGCGUCUUUUCCCCACGGAAAGUCACAAAAUCCCAUCGGGCUUGAUGUGUAUAGUCAGGCCGGUCAAAAUGCACCUCUGAAUAUUUCGUAAUUUCGCGUUCUAUAUUCAUGUCGGCCCCGGUGUGUAAGGACCUUAAAACUGAAUGUUAAUAUGCAGUAUUCCAUCUCUGUUGCUCGAUUUACAAAACAUUUCACUUUUGACCCAGGUAUCACCCAUGAAGGUAUCGUUCAAGAGGCAAAGAAGUUUUGGAGUGCAACAGUGUCAUUGCAGGGAGCUCAGGUAAGACCAUCACCAUGUCUCUGUCAACUGUUUCUCAGGCUUGUUGCUAGUUGUAGAAAAAGACGAGAUAAUAAAGGAUUAUCAUUUGUAACAUGAUGACCUGAGUGAGAUCUCGUGGUAACAAAAAUGGUAACCACUUUUCCUAAUUCAAAGCAGAUUGCAAGUGCUCAGAGGAGGUUCGGCCCUCCAACUCUAAAGAUGAUGUUUGUCUGUGGCCAGUGCUGGAGAAACGGCCAACUAAGUGAAGCUGACAAAAACAAAAAGUAUUGCUCAGCCAAGGCCAGACACACGUGAGUAAUGAGGGGGCUCAGACUCCAGAAUAUGGACUAAUGGUGGAAACAUAAUCAGCCUGAUACUCAGCACCUGCCUUCUGUCACAGGUGGGCUAAAGACAGACGGGUGGUCCUUGUAAGUUCCCACGAGAGGAAAAAGUGGACGACAGUUAGACCACUUCCAACCAAAAAACCCAUCCCAUCUCAGUUUGAGGUGAGUACCCGGCCUGCUACUCUCUGCCUUUUUCCCCCUCUGUGUGUCCAAUUAAAAAACAAAAUCCCAGCAUCCUCAUACACGUCUGUGUUCUGUCGUAGAUUUGCAUGCACGUGACAGCUGGCAAGAAGUGCCAGUACAUUGGGAAUUGCACCUUCGCUCACAGUGUGGAAGAAAGAGAUCUUUGGACCUACAUGAAGGAAAACAACAGUGAGUCUAACCAAGGAGGCGGUCUCUGAUUCUUAGUCUGUGCGUUUAGUAAAACACCAUCAUGAUGCAGUGCUACAAAAGUGAUCCCACAUAUCCCCCUCCUCCUCAUUUAGUUCCAGAUAUGGAUCAGCUUUAUGAGCAGUGGCUGCUGUCUCAGAAGCCUGGCUGGGGCGACGACAGCUCUAGUAACUCCAUGAGGGAGAACGGCAAGCAGAUCCACAUGCCAACAGACUAUGCUGAAGAAGUGGUGAGUUCAUAGACUGGCAAAGGGGGCACCAAGUAUAAGUCUGGUGAUACACAGACGGCUUGAUUUAGUAGGGUGUCCAUACGUCCUCUUUUACCUGGACAUGUCCUCCCUUUUGGGGGGCUGUCCGGCCUUGUCCUGGGGGUUUAUAAAAUCCUUUAAAUGUGCAAGGUUUUGUGUGGAAGUUUUGAGUUUGUGUCGCUUUGACUUCCCGAGUAAGAAGCACGUAAAAAACACUCGACCCAACGCGGAAAACUCAAAAUUUACUACUUGCGACUCCAUGACUCCGCCCCCACGUAGUUGUGUCCUAUUUUUGGGGAUUCAGAAUAUGGUCACCCUAGUUUUAGGGCUUUGUGAUGUCAGGAGUCAUUUUUAACUUAACAUCUGAUGUAAAUGUAAUUCCAUAAAAAGCUCAAACUUCUGGCUGUAAUGGUUAGUUUUCAGGUUGGAUGGCAAAGCUUAAGCCUUGUGGAAAAAAAGGAACAUUCCCACACAUUCACUUUGAAAGUUUCAACAGUUCUGAAGACAGUCUUGAAAUCUAAGGGUCUGUGGAUUAAAUAAUGAAAUCAGAAGGAUAGAAUCUGCUUUGGAAAUACUUGCUUUGCUCUGUGAUUAAUAGAAAUUUGUAGGAAUUUGAGUCACUUAGCAGCAGACGUUAUUAGCUAUUUGUGAAAAAUUGGAUUUCUCUGUUUUCACAGGCUGGCAAUCACUGCUGGCUGUGUGGUAAAAACUGCAACAGCGAGAAGCAGUGGCAGCAGCAUAUCACUUCAGAAAAACACAAAGACCGGGUGUUUAACUCUGAGGACGAUCAGAACUGCUGGCAGUAUCGAUUCCCCACGGGCACUUUCAAAGUUUGCGAGAGGUAAGAUCUCCAGCCGCAGGAUGUUUCACGCCUCAGCCUGAUUCCAGCUGGUUUUUUGACGGCUUUGCAUUUGAUCUUGUGUUCUGACAGGUUCCUCAAAGGCACAUGCACAGAGGAUGACUUGUGUAAACUGGCACACGGGGAGCAGGAACUAAAAGAGUGGAUGGAGCGCAGGGAAUUCCUUUUGAUGAAACUUGCCAAAGCCAGAAAAGACCAUCUUAUAGCACCGAAUGACAAUGACUUUGGAAAAUACAGUUUUCUCCUUAAAGACAUUAUAUAAAUCACACGAUGGCAAUAUUCAUGCUCCCUUGCAGAUGAUGCAGUAUUCAGACAGUGUUGAGGCAAGUGAUCCUUAAAAAGGGCCUCUGAAUUGCACAGGAAAUAGCCUGAUCCUGGCAUGGUUUUCAAGAGGGGUCUCAGGACCAGCCCUCUUGUUUGGUGGCUGGUUUACUGUGUUCAGAGCUACAGGAGUGUUAUUGCUAACAGCAAAGUCUGGAGUGUGAGACACUUGCGGCUUUUGCUUUGCACCAUUCGGAAAAACUACGCGAGACUGGUGGUGACAGGCAGCAUGUGUAGACCAUGAUCAGGAACGUGUUCAGAUACUCACAGUUGACCUAAACAAGUUAAUUUCUUUUCAUAAGCAGUUUGUAUGUUAAUGACCUUUCCCCCUCAAUAAGUUUUGAAGUAUGGAUCACUUAAAUUGAGAUUUCAGUUCUCACUUUUCCAUUUAUCCAAUAGUGUUACCAGUGUAAUGGGCACCACACCGAAUAAAGCCUCUUUUUUAUUCGUGUUUGAA